AUGACUCCUGCUGAAUUGAAUUCCGCGCUUUUCCAUAAGCGCUGGUCGGCGCUGCCAGUUGGCUGCUGUGAUAGAAAUUUUUGGAACCGCCUAGAGUCACUCUGGGCUCCAUUCCUCUCCACAGAUCCCAGUCCCUUUCAACAUGAAGAAUUCUUUUCGUUGUGUAGCGCGGGCCGCGACCUGAACGCCGCCGUAGAAAGUAUCCGCCCCGAGGUACUCGAAGCUUGUAGUGCGAAUAGGGCCCUAUUGGAUGCCUUUAGCCUAUGGAACCCUUUCGCAUUGGCGGCGCUUCUUCAGGUUUCGAUCAGUACGGUGGUGGAGCAGUUGCUGCUUGCCGUCGAGAAGCGAUGGUUGGAGAUGCGUUUUGUGGUGUGUUGCGUUUCGUGCGGGUACGACAUCACACAUUGCACGACGGUUCGAGAGCUCAACGUGGGCGGACCGCGCCGCACGCCAAAGACGUUUCGUUGUCCGAUGUGCACCGAUUCGACGCCCGUGCACUCCCUAAACGAUAUUCAUGUAUUUUUUCGCCUUAAAAACAUUUCGUCGAUUUUUGUGCGCGAACACUAUCGUCUUUUCUGUACCCAAGUCGCCGAAAAGCAAAAAUUGGAGUCGAUUUACUGCCCGGCGGGGGCGGGGUUCGCGGUGACGCUUCAGCUUCCCGAAGGUCGGUACCUCUUGGUGGCGCCUUUUAUCGCAGCCAUGCUGGAGCUAGAGGUGACCGUCGGGUUUGACGACUUGCCAUCUAAAGAGCGGGCGAUUAUCCAAACGAUUGACCUGAAGAAAUACAUUUUGGUGCGUGGGUUGGAUUCGACGCAAGGGUCGCGAUUCGACUUUCGCCAAAAAAUGAGCCUACGGUCAUCCCACCUCAAGCGAGCGACGAUGACUUCCACGAGUAUCUCGCAGUUAGGAAAUUUUUCCGCGUUCUACUCCGAAUGCGUAGCGGGUCGACGCGAUCUUCUCACGGCGAUACGGUCUUACCCCGUGCGCGCCAGCUUCCGUUCACGCACGAACAGCAACGGCAUCGUUUUAGCGGAUUACCCCGGAAAUAUAUCAGAGGGUAUCGAAGAGGAUCACGACGCGUUAAUAGAAACCAAACUCCAGUGCUUGAGGUUGAAACACGGCAAGGUUAAGCUGAUCUUUUACAACGACACCGCCUCGAGUGGCUUUGUGGAUUUAUUUGUUUCCUUCGAGCGGUGGGCGGAGUUUACCGCGGAGGUGUACCCCACCCAGCUGAGGGUUUCGGAGUUCAUGCAUUACGUUCCACGCGGGCUCCGCUCCAAGUUCAUGCGGUCCUGCGUCCCUAAGCCCCCAACGACUAUCCCGACGGAAGGCAUCUUUGUGCGGCACUCAUUUGAAUUGGGAUACAACUAUUUUAAAGAUCCUUAUGUCGUGUCCGUGAUCCAAGAAGUCCACCGAUACUCCCUGGAAGAUCAUCAUGGCUUACUUCUUACGGUCAGUAAUGGGGGCACGAUGUAUGACUCUUCGUUUCUCUCGAUCACGUCUGCAAUCGCGAGCAGCAUUUGUUUCUUCCAGCGUGUCUUGUUGCGUUUGGGCGAUGACGUGGCGCUUUCUAUGCGCUGCAGCAUCAACAACGCCCCUUUGCAUAUUACCACUUAUCAGGUGCAAUACAACGACGUGGAUAACAUGCGCUCUGCGUACCCUGAUAUACAGUUCAUCGGCCCCGCAAUCUAUCAUAGUUCACACCCGAGUAUUAUAGCACCCACUUUGUAUGCAUUCGAGCAGGAGCUGCCGAGGACCGUCGUUAAACAAACCAAAUAUGCCCACACCGUUCUUAAUUUUGACGCCUUUCAACUCAGCGAGGAGGAGCAACAGCGGUUGCUGCUUCUGAAUGCCUCCAAGGAAAAGUCAACUAUGAUUCGUUUCGAAAUACGAAAUUUUUCUGAGCCUUCUAGUACUGUAGCAGGACCGCCCUCAAGUUUUGCUGCUAAAAAAAGAGAUGAUAUUUUACGAUCUCCGUCUAGAAAUAACAACUUUGAGGUUUCAGUCCAAGAGCCUCCCUUAAGCGUAUCUUUUCAGGAAUUCAUCGAUGAAGUCAACGAGGCUGAAGGUCCCUUGAUGGCCACCAACAUCGAGAAACACAUCAAACUUACUCCCCAGGACUCUGUGUUACCGUACUUCUUAGAUUACCUUUGUGAGCAUCUCGAGGGCACGACCUUGGUAAAGGAACCCCAUGCGUUGGUUAUUUUGGUUCCGCUACCCGUUCUGCAAGCCUCCGUGCAGCUCCCCACAUUACUAGACAGUUCAUGCUACCAGAAGAUUUUGCCUGGACCGUUUUAG